AAUGGCAUUUCACAACCCACUGGCAAUUGAUGCAAACAGAGUUAGUAGAGUUCCCUCUAUUAACUCUGAUGCAAAUGUGGUUGGACGUUCAUUUUUGUUCUAAUCACAGAACGUUUUAAUCUCUUAAUCAAGGAAUAAUGUCAAGUCAAGACAACAAUGAGACAUCGUCUUCUCAAUAUUUCUGUCGCAAGUGUAAGUGUCACGGGAUGUAUUUUCCAGUGAAAGGUCAUAAACCAUAUUGUGAAUACAAAAACUGCGAAUGCUCGAAUUGUAGCCGCGUGCCUCGAAGGUCGAGAAACUCCUUUACCGUUCCACCGGCGGUGGAAUCAGAAGAAGACGAUGUUGUCGUUGUCGGAGAAGUACGUAAUAAAUCCAAUGGAGGGCAAGAAGUUAAACAAGAGACCACGGACACUAAACCAAUACCUGCGAAUCCAGCAGAAUCAAACAAGUACUCCAGCCUGACCAAUGAAAACCUGGUAACAACAAGUACAGUUUCCUCAGCCAAGUCGCCUGUUACCAAACGACAACCUGUUCGCCGACAAAACACGCCAGCGGCUACCAGUUCAGAGGAGCGACAAAAGAUUCUGCAGCAACUGAAGGAGCUACACGAACUCAAAAAGUGUGAGGCGUUAAAUGCCGAAGAGUUUGAGGAGAAAAAAAGGAUACUUUUGAAUGACUUUAGAUGAAAGGGUUUGCCUCUAAUAUGUCUUCAAAACUACCGCUGACCAUUUGGUCUCCUAUCAAUAGAACAUUAUCAACUUUAGGUUAAACUUUUCAAGUUUGUCACUGAUUUAGUUAUCUGUGCCAAUCUUCUCUAUCCUUGUCAUAGUUGCUUCUCUUAAGUCUAUAAUCACUUCUUUAGUGUUAAUAUUUCUUUGAAAGCUACCACUUUAACGUUGCCUUGUUUGAAAACAAUUGUUUUGUUGUCAAAAACGUCGUAAACUACACAUCUCAAAUGGCGGGAAGCAAAUUAGUCUUGCUUCUCAUUCUUGUUCCUUUAAUUAAGGUAAUUUGGUGACGUAGUUGGCCUCCAAAGAAAAUUUUUAACGUUGUAAUUUCGAAUGUAAUUAGGCCUCGUGACAGCGAUUAAGCGAUUGGCUAUCAAAGGGCUAACACUUGAAAAUCAGCUUUAGAGAAUCUCUGACUUAUUACAUUAUCAAAAUUAUCAACUUGAUAGCACAGAUUUUUUUCGAAAUACCUCCACGCAGAGCCACAUCUUCUUCAGAAACUUACCCUUCUAACACCCUCCCUAUUGUCCCCCCCCCCCCGUUGUUUCUGUAUGGACUACUUUUUGUUUAUUUUAAUCAUAGCCUCAUGCGAGGAUUCAAGGGGGACAAACUUGGAUCAUGCGGAAAUGAAAAUGACAUCUUAAAGCAUUCUCUGAAUGUAUUUUCCGUCUUCUCAGGUUUUCAAAACUUUUCCAACCCCUUGGGCCGCGCCGGUUAUUUGAAAAAAGUUUAGCCGUUGCUUAAUAGACAACACCGCGUUCCAGUAUCCAUCUUCAAUUUAGCUGAAAAUGAACUGAUCUGAAAAUCAGGAAAUCGCUUGCUGAACAUUUUAUACUUGGAUAUUUCUUUCAGAUUUAAUCAACCCUAGACCUGUCUGACCACAGUUUGGAUUAGACCUCGUGUAAAUAACCAGCCCCUUAUAUUUAGAAGAGGCAAUUUGGUCAAGGAAAAAGCUGAAGUACGGUUUUAAAAGUUACACCUAUUAGCCUAAGUUGUUGUUAAUAGUGGAGACUAAAUUGUGGCAUGUAGAUUGUAAGUGACCCAUAUGAGGUGUAAUAAAUGCUCCAAUCCAC